AAAAGCCAAAGAGGGCCCUGGGCUCUCCUGCUCUGACACAGAAGCUGUUGGACCCACGUUCUGUGGAAGUUCUGUGGUCUGAGGGACACAAAGCUGGGCAGAUUUUCUCCCCCCUCCCUUCUGUGCUCACCUUCACCGCGUCAGACCCAAGGAGCAAUGUAAGAGGGUGCAGCUCUGGGCAUCCACCUUUCUUGGCAGGAGUUCUGUGGACACCCCCUAGAGCUGAGCAGGGAGCUGGGACCACACCGGGGCUGAGGGGCCGAUGAGUUCCCACACUCCGUGCUGAGACCUCACAGAGAACGGCGGCAGCAGCAGAGGGAAUGUUCAACUACCUCCGGCAACGCUUCACCAGCCACCUGCGGGAGCGCGGCCGGCGCAGGGCCAGGCUGGUCUCCAAGGAUGGCAGGUGUAACAUAGAGUUUGGCAAUGUGGAACAGUCCAGGUUUGUCUUUUUGAUUGAUAUAUGGACCACCAUCCUGGACCUCAGGUGGAGAUACAAAAUGACUAUCUUCAUUUCAGCCUUCUUGGGCAGCUGGUUUCUGUUCGGGCUCCUCUGGUACGUGGUGGCCUACAUCCACAAAGACCUGCCCGAGUUCAACCCCUCCAUCAAUCACACCCCCUGUGUGGAGAACAUCAACGGCCUCACCUCGGCCUUCCUGUUCUCCCUGGAGACCCAGGUGACCAUCGGCUACGGCUUCAGGUGUGUCACAGAGCAAUGUGCCACUGCCAUCUUCCUGCUCAUCUUCCAGUCCAUCCUGGGGGUCAUCAUCAACUCCUUCAUGUGUGGGGCCAUCCUGGCCAAGAUCUCCAGGUCCAAGAACAGGGCCAAGACCAUCACCUUCAGCAAGAACGCCGUCAUCAGCAAGCGUGGGGGGAAGCUCUGCCUCCUCAUCCGAGUGGCAAACCUCAGGAAGAGCCUCCUCAUUGGGAGCCACAUCUAUGGGAAGCUCCUCAAGACCACCAUCACCCCGGAAGGAGAGACAAUCAUUUUGGACCAGGUCAACAUAGAGUUUGUAGUCGAUGCUGGCAACGAGAAUCUCUUCUUCAUCUCCCCACUCACCAUUUAUCACAUCAUAGACAAGAACAGUCCCUUCUUCCACAUGGCAGCAGAGACCAUCCUGCAGCAGGAUUUUGAGCUGGUGGUGUUUUUAGAUGGCACUGUGGAAGCCACCAGUGCCACCUGCCAGGUGAGGACGUCCUACAUCCCCGAGGAGGUGCUCUGGGGCUACCGCUUCGCUCCCAUCGUGUCCAAGACCAAAGAAGGGAAAUACAGAGUUGACUUCCAGAACUUCAGCAAGACAGUGGCUGUGGAGACCCCCCACUGUGCCUUCUGCCUCUACAACGAGAAAGAAGCUAAAGCCAAAGAGAAGAAAGGUUAUGACAACCCUGGGUUUGUCCUUGAAGUCAGUGAAACCAGUGACACAAAAAUGUAGUUCAGGUACUCAUGGGACUGUCCCUGUCAUCAGAAAGAAUUCAAUCUCCAGAGGAUUAAUAACUUAGUAAAACAAAAGAGAAGCACAGGUUUGGUUUUACUGUACAACAGCAUUUCUUUUCUCAAAAGCCUCAAAUCAAAGGGGAGCAGGACACCAGUGAUCUCCAGAAUGCUAUUGAACUACACGGUAUGUAUUUCAUAGAAUUUAUAUUUUUAUACCUGCGGGACAUUUUAUGGAGCUGCUAUGUUGGAAUGUCCAACUCAGGUUCCCAGAGGCAUGAAAGGGUGUUAAAAAUCCUGAAAAUAUGGAAAGAAGCUUUAGGACAUGUUAAAGAUACACAGCUGUUGGAAUGAGAACAUGAAAAGGGGAGACAGAAAGCAAAGCUGAAGAAACCUGGGGGACUUAGGAGCCAAAACCUCAAAAAAAGGUACAUUUCUGGUUGCCAAAGUCCUCCAUGAAAACAGACUCUCGAGCAUGGGAACAUUUGAGCACUUUUGAACAUUCUGAAACAAUUCCUUCCUUCUUUCUUUGAGGCUGGUUCAGCAACAGAAACGGAGCGUUAAGAGAUGCAAAGUGCUUAGGAAACCAGGAAAGACAAAACUGGGGCCGUGCUGCUGCCAUCCAGAACUCCAAAACAGGACUUCUCCCCUGUGAAAGCCUUUGGUUCCUUUCAGGG